UAGAUCUUCGAACAUAUACUUCUAGUCGCUCUUUUACUUUUUACUUUUCCUUUUACUUCCAUCUCUACCUUUCCCAUUCCCAUCCGUCACUAUGCACGGCACCACUCUCUUUUCGCUCCUCGCGGCCGCAUCGUCAACCCUCGCAGCGCCCUCAGUCCUCCCCCGCGCCCCCCAAUGCCCCAUCGUCUUUGACGGCCGCAUCCCCGUCAACACCACCCCCUCGACCUUCGACACGCUCGGCCUCUACAACAAAGACUACGUCAAGGGUAACAACCUCACCUGGUCCGACAUCCUGCUGUUCCCCAACACGGCCUCGCGCUUCGACGGUGCAAACUACACUGCCGUCGAAGUCACCAUCUCCGACAAGAGCAUCUUCCAGAAGCAGAACGGGUUCCGCCGCGCGGGCCUGCAGUUUAUGAAUGAUGCUGCCGAUGGGCCCGGCGGCAAAGGCGUCAAGACACUGCAUUGGAGCGUCAAGCAGGACGGCGCGCGCAAGCUUAAUCUCACGCACGAGUACCUGAAUGCGUGGCAUGAGACGGCGGACUACUCGGCGAAUCAGAUCCAAUUCCAGGCUGGCAGUUUGAUUGGGAAGAGCAAUGCGGAUAAGAACUCGUUCAAGAUCCUGGAUCGGGCGGGGAAGCAGUUGUGGAGCACCAAGAUGGAGAUGAAGAAGUGGCAGAAUUUUGCCGUCAAGUUGGACUAUGUGAACAACCAAACUACCAUCUACUACUCGGCUGAUGCCCGCGUGCUGCAAAAGGUUGCUGGGCCCCUCGCGGUCGAUCUUUCUGGUCAAGGCCAGUUCCAGCUCGGCAUCUUGAAGAAGCCAAUGGGCACGGACGACGUUGUCAACAGUGGUUAUCAGAGCCCGAACCUCAACGAGGGCCAGAUCUACGGUGGUGUAUUCCUCGAGGACAGCGCAAAUGGUUGCAUCAGUUUGUAAGCGUGGAUGGGAGGUCGGUGUUGGUGUGUGUAGCACGGUCAGUAGGUUCGGCGGGUGAGAAGUUCACUCGUGUUUGAUUUUUGAUAUGCUUGGGUUGAGAAAAAGAAAAGUGGGAUAAAAACGUCUAUG